GACUUCCCUCUUCGCGGCGGCUCAGGAUUCGUUGCCCGCUCUCUGCCCCGGAAGAAGUAGGGAGCCUUCGGCCAGGAGAGAGGGACGGCUCUGCUUGUGGGCCAAGAUGCUGUGUGGUGCCCGGCAACACCUGCAGAGGCGGCUUUUGCCCGCCCUCCUGGGGAGCAGGGGCUGUCCGCCAGGGCGACGUGAGCCGCUGGGCAACCCCAACCCCCUCCUGCCUGUGGCGGCCUGUGCCUAUGGUGCCGCCGCGGGGCCGGCCGGGGCCGGCAGCUGGUACGAGACCCUGGCCACGUCAGCCCCAGCACACUGGGCGGAGGCGGUGCUCUUGGGAGCGCAGGACGCCACGGGGCUGCCAUGGUGGGCCAGCAUUAUCGUCACCACCGCCGUCUUGAGGAGCGCUGUCACACUGCCCCUAGCCGCCUACCAGCACUACAUCCUGGCCAAGGUGGAAAAUUUGCAACCCGAAAUAAAAAUAAUUGCCAAAAAUCUUAAUUAUGACAUUGCACUUCGAGCAAAACAGUUGGGAUGGUCAAAAAGACUAACUAGGCUCACUUAUUUGAACAACAUGAGGAGGAUUGUUUCAGAGCUGUAUGUUCGGGAUAAUUGUCACCCAUUCAAAGCCACUCUGCUGGUAUGGGUUCAGAUACCAAUGUGGAUCUUUAUGUCUGUUGCCCUGCGGAACUUCAGUCUAGGGAUAACGGAUUCAGAAGGAGACUUUUCUAUUCGGGAACAAUUUUCAACAGGUGGAGUCCUGUGGUUUCCUGACCUCACCCUGCUUGAUUCCACGUGGAUCCUACCAAUCUCACUUGGAAUUCUCAAUUUGUUAAUAGUGGAGAUUUUUGCGUUACAAAAACUUGAAAUGUCCCGCUUUCAGAAGUAUGUCACACAUUUUACUCGUGGAAUAUCCGUGCUGAUGAUUCCCAUUGCUGCAACUGUACCCUCAUCCAUUGCGCUGUACUGGUUCUGCUCCAGCUUCUUAGGCCUCUCACAGAACCUGCUGCUGCGCUCCCCGGGAUUUCGCCAGCUCUGCCGCAUACCACAGACGAGAUCACAGUCAGACACUCCUUAUAAGGACCUCUUCGCUGCCUUUUAUGCCAAGUUCUUUUUAAGAAAAUGACCUCUUCCUCAGUGACUCUGGAAUAAAUCUGACAGCUGCGUCACUUAAAAAUGGAAGGUUAAGAUUUUGCUGACGGUUCUUCAUGUGAAGCUCUCUUAUGUGCUGUACAAUUCUGUUAGCUAGGGUUUAAAAUGCUGUUUGCAAUAUAUGACACUUGUGUUUUAGACGAGUGAAGAUCUAGCCAAGUAAGCUUUGGUGGUUGGAUUGUGGAAAGAAAAUUUGUUUUAUAUCUGAAGGAUGAGUGGGUGGAAUUUGUUAGGAUUUCAGGAAACGAUUAAAAUCCUGAAUUGCAAAAGGGAAGUAUCAAUAAAUCCCACACGUCUAAAAUGGAGAACUGACUUCUCUGAAAGAAAAGCAUCUGUUGAAAUAGCAACUGGUAGUAUUGCAGAGAGACUAACUGUAUGUUAGGUUGAAUAUAAUAGAUGUAAAAAUUGUAAGAAAACCAACCUUAUGGAAUCAUGCCUCUCAAGUCUUCCCUGAAAUAAUUCAGUUGUUGUUAUCUUCUUCACGCUUCAAUAAACUUGGACGUCUCUGCUAAAAUACAAAGGGAGGAGAGCAAGUUUUAUCGGUGGUUCCACACCUUUGAGGAAAGGUUGAACAACUCGGGUGUUUUCAAGAAGAGGAAAGAAUAGAGAAAAUGCUAGCGAGAGAAUUGAGAGAAUUAUCACCCUCUCGUUCAGACCACCAUUUUAUAAAUGAGCAAGUAGGCCCAGAUGUUAAAUAGCUUACCUAGUAGUGGUGGGCUUGUGCUUAGUAUUCACAUCAGACUGCCAAGAUCGUAUGCUUUGCAUCCCAUGACAUCAUAGGUUGGGGCAAGGGAGAAAUAGAGUAAUAGCUUUUUUGUGUUUGUUCCUAGAAGCAAGAUUAAAGGGUACUCGAGUGUAGUGGUGUCAAACUC